AUGGCGGUCUCACCCCGCGUCUACCAAUUCCUCGUCUCUAUAUUCGCCUCCUUGGGCUCUCUACUCUACGGCUACGACCUCGGCGUUGUUGCUGAAGUCGUCGCCGCACCAUCUUUCCUCGCAGCUUUCGGCGACAACACCACAAAGACCGGUCUUGUGGUCUCAUUAUUCACGGUCGGUGCUUUCUUUGGUGCUUUCUGGGCAGGUCCUUGUGGAGAUCAUCUCGGACGCAAAUGGACCAUUUUCAUUGGUGGUGCGAUUUUUAUUCUUGGAGGCUCGGUGCAGACUGCAGCUCAAGAUUACAGCUAUAUGUUUGGUGGUAGGUUUGUUGCGGGGCUUGGAGUUGGAGCCUUGAUCAUGAUCAUUCCGCUAUAUCAAGCUGAACUAGCUCCCCCCAGCAUCAGAGGGAGAAUCACCGCACUCCAACAAUUCAUGCUCGGUGUCGGCAACCUCAUCGCAGCAUGGGUAUCCUACGGAACCUACAUCUCCUUCUCCGACACCAAUAGCGCACAAUGGAGAAUUGGCCUUGGACUUCAACUCCUCCCUGCAGGUUUUUUGACCUCCCUCAUCCUCCUCUUUCCCGAAUCUCCUCGUUGGCUCAUCCACCACGGUCGCAGUGAAGAGGGAUUGAGAGUUCUCGCUCAGCUUCACGCAUCCGGAAACGAACAAGAUGCUUUUGUGCAAGAAGAAUACGACAGCAUCACCGCCGCAGUCGAAUACGAAAAAGAACAUGCCGCGAAAUCCUAUACUGAGCUCUUCAAAACGCGAUCAAGUUUCCGUCGCUUGAUUACUGCGUUAUCGUUACAGGCUUCUGUGCAAAUGAGUGGAGUCUCUGCUAUCCAAUACUAUUCUCCAGAUAUCUAUGGACAGAUUGGAAUCAGUGGCAGUGAUACAUUUAUGUUCCAAGGCUUCAACGCUAUUGUAGCACUGGUUGCGCAGUUCUGCUGUAUGUUGUUUAUUGACCGUGUAGGUCGUCGCUGGACUUUGAUUGGAGGAAACCUGCUCAACAUGGUUACUUUCAUCAUUGCUACUGCAUUACUGGCAUCUUAUCCCCCUGGAACCUCGACAAAUAGGUCUGCGCAAGAAGCCUUUAUUGCCAUGACUUGGUUGUUCAACUUUUCUUACUCGGUGGCUUGUGGACCGCUUUCCUGGAUCAUCCCUGCAGAAAUCUUCGACACACAUACAAGAAGUAAAGGAGUUUCUCUCGCUACGGCAUGUUCGUUUGCUUUCAACACCAUGAUCGGGCAAGUCUCUCCCAUCGCGCUCGAACGCAUAGGUUGGAGGUUUUAUAUCCUGUUUGUGGUUUGUUCAGCCACCAACGCACUUUGGUUCUGGGCGACCUUGCCAGAGACUGCGAAGAGGCCUUUGGAGGAUAUGGGGCCUUUGUUCCAGAAGAUGCCGUGGUUCGUGCCUGGCAAGUCGAGGAUUUCUCUGCAGCAGCUUUGGGGCGAGGAGUGGAGGGGAAGUGCAGGAGAAUUGGCCAAGGUUGAGGAGAAAGAACUAAAGAUUGAAAAGGCGGAGGACUGA